UUAGGUGCAGGUAUUGAUUCCCAUUGGGUAUUAUCAGAGGCAUGAGAUCUUAUCACACAUGAUAGUCUUGUCAGUGCACACGCGGCGACGUCCGAGGAGUGUCGGAUAUUUGUUCGAAAAGCGAAAACGAGAAGUAAGUAGAAGAAAAGAAGAGGAACUACAACAAGAAGAGGAGAAAGAAGAAAAGGAGGAAGAAAAGAGAAAGAAGGACAGGAGGAAGAAGAAGAAACUAGUCGACUAAGGUACUGACGACUCUCCGUAACUUUGACUUCACUCGACAGCAACAGACAAAAACUCAAGAUGGCGUCGAUCACGGUGUGUGGAGCAAACGUUACCAGGAGAACAGCAAUCAUCAUUACUGUGGUUGGAUCGGUGGGAAUAGCAGUCAGUUGCUUGAUGAUAAUUCUAGGUUUUGCCAUAGGCUGCGAAAGUUACUACGACGGCUACAAUUACUACGGUACUGACUGCUCGGUUCUUAUAAUUCUGCUCAUCACAGGAGCAGUUCUUCUGUCUGUUACAGUGACUGUUGCGGUAUGUGGAUUUAUAAUGCUUUAUCGCAUGCGAAAUGCCAGAGUACCAAUGGCAAUGCCCGUAACGUUGGAUUAUGGGCAGCCCUACCCACAACAGAGCGUAGGACAGCUAUACCCACAGCAGGGAACAGGUCAGCCCUACUUACAACAGGGAGCAGGUCAGUUUUACUCACAAGGAACAAGUCAGUUUUACUCACAAGGAACAAGUCAGCUCUACCAGCAGCAGGGAGUAGCACCAACAUACCCACAGCAGGCAGGAGUUCCACCAUACCCACAGCAGGCAGGAGUUCCACCAUACCCACAGCAGGCAGGAGUUCCACCAUACCUACAGCAGGCAACAGCUCCAUUACACCCACAUCAGACAACAGGUCUACCGCACGAACAAGGGCCAGACCAACCCUAUCCUCUAAAGAGUGCAUAUGAUGAGCCUACGCAACUGAGAUCACAUUAAGAGCACUCGCUGGAUAACACCAAGCAUAUCUACAACGCAGAUCCGGCGAAACAUGCAUGUAGUAGUUGCAGAAAAAGAAAUUCUGCAACCAGUGCAUGCAUGCAAUGAAGUCUGAUUCCCUGACAAUUCUGAGUAAAAUCAACCCUUUCCAGAAGUUUUUCCUCUGUCAUAUGAUUCAAGUUAAUUCUCCAGUGUGAUUGUUACAUGUUGAGUUUGUAAUUAAUAUACUCAAACCUGUAGCACCUCUUGCUGGUAAAGGCAAGUUACGCGAGUAUGUAUAAAUGGAAUGAUAAUAAUUAAUAAUAAAAAUAACAAUGAGAUGUUUCAUUAAGCACUAAUUACUUUUUCAGUGUUGGAUUUUGCUAACUUGAAGAAUAAUUUACAACUACAUGGAGCAACCUUCUCAGAUGACUUAGGGAAACUUGAUUUUAUUUUGUAAUUAGAUAUCACUCAACGUAUGAAAGAAUUGAGGAAAUUGUUUGAUCAAAAUAUAGUACUAUGCAAUGUAAUUUACCAAUGUAUGAAUAAAAUUUCUAGAUCUGAA